AUGUUACUGGCGGUCAUUCUAUGGGUGGUGGCAGGUUUUGUGUGUGCCAGAGGCUUUGAAUGCGAUCUGGAAAGUGUGAGGAAGUUAGUUGGCGAGCAGGGUGCGGAUGUGGCAUCGGUGUCGACAUUCAGGGGCUUGCUUACAAGAAUCGGUGAAUGCAAUGGGGAAGGCUGGGACCGGGUCAAGAACGAGGUGUACUACAAGGCGGGAGUUGCGGAGCUGUCGGUCGGCCACGAGGUUAAAGCAUUGGAUCUGUUCGAGAAGGUGGUAUCUAGCGGGUGCAGUAGUUUUCGGAAGCUGAGCGAGAGAAGGCUGGAAGAGCUGUACAAGAAGCUUGGACAAUGGGACCACAUCGCGGAUGAGGAUGAAGACAAGCAAGCGUAUAUGAGCCUCCUUUCGGAGCCUUCACGUGAUGGUCGGUAUGAUACAAGUCAAGAGUACCAGAGACUGCUUGCGCUCUCGCCGCUGAACCGACAACUACGGAUCGAAUACACAGAUGUUCUUCUGAAUGAGCUUGCCGAGUCAAUGGAUUUGAAUUCUGCACAAAAUAUUGUCGAGAGCUACCAGGUGCUGCUCGACAAGCACGGCUCGACCUUUUCCUUAAGUGAAAGACUAGAUUUACUGUACCAGAGUGCGGGGAUCAAAUGGUUUAUUCUCAGCAGCCAGCCAGCGCAGCAGUUGAAGAAAUGCUUGAAUAUGGACAUGGAUUACAAGCCAUGCAGAGGUUUGAUGAAAUUGUGGAGCAAGUGGAACAAAAACGUGAAUGUCCCACCGGCUGUACUUUCAGAUUCUGAGGAAUACUGUUCCAUCGAGUCUCGUGACUGGUCAUCCAUUUCUCAAUUCAUGCUUAAAGACAAGCCUUUGGUGAGUGCACGCGCAGACUCGAAGCUUGAGAAUAACUAUGCUGUAUUUCAAAAUGCAGCAGAGGAGUUUGUCAAGCAAUUUUUGAGCAAAAGACCGCUAACCGGGACUAAAGUUGCGCCUGUAGUUGACUUAGAUGAGAAAACAGAAUUUCAAACCGGUCUUGAUGUCAUGCUGUGCCUUGCUCAAGAUAUGAAGCCAAAAGUUAUUUCUUCAAAUUACUGUGAUAAGGCGCUCAAAGAAGUAUUAACCAAUACCGAGCAUGCCCGGAUUACCAAAUACAUGACUAAGUUUGAAAAUCCGGAAGGAAUCAAAGAAAUUAUAAAAGCGACCAUGAGUUUAUACCCUCAUCUUGCUGCUCACUUGGUAAACUCUAUAAGUCAAAAACUGAUUUUUUUUGAACGGAAGGUUAGAAAUGCCAAUACAUUGCCCCAUUGGAAUUUGCUGCAAGAGAUAAUAAAUGAACUCAAACUUAACACUUGUGAUAAUAGUUUCGUGUCGAGCACCGUACGUUUAGUGAAAAGGUCUUUCUUACAAAAGCAACGGCGACAGCAACAGCAGCAGCAACAAAGCUACCAACAACAUUACCAACAACAACAACAGCAGCAACAGAACCGUGUACAGCAAACGGACAAGGAUUAUUAUAAGAUACUCAAUGUAGAUAAGUCUGCUUCCCCUAAGCAGAUUAGAAGAGCAUAUUUACAGCUUACGAAGAAAUACCACCCUGAUAAACAAGGUAAACUGCCCAAAGACGAACAAGCAAAGGUACAAGCGAAAAUGUCAGACAUUAACGAAGCUUACGAUAUCCUAGCUGACGACUCUAAACGUAAAGAAUACGAUGAGAUGAUGUCAGGCGGUGGAAUGGGAGGUUUUAAGAACAAUUUUGGAGAAGCGUUUGCAAGACAGUAUGGCUUUAACGGAGGUGGGUUUAACUUUGGAAACUGGGGUAAAAGAAACGCACGCGCCCACCAACAUGGACGCUAA